AAGAGAGAAUCAAAACAACUCCUCUCGUUCCCAUUUUCUCUCUAAGACCAGCCAUGGCGAUCUCUGAAUCCUCGAAGCAAUACCUUCUCCCCAGCUUCCUCUACUCCUCUCCCAAUUCCUUCUCCCUCGAUCCCGUCCUCCUCAACACCAAUCCUACCUUUCCUGCUUCACCCCUCGCGGCUCUCGAUGGACCCGUUGCUGCUUCGCCGGCGAUCAACACAAAGAGCUUCGUCAUCCCUUCUCCUAACGAGCCUGGGAAGAAGAUCGAGAUGUACUCGCCUGCAUUCUACGCUGCCUGCACAUUUGGCGGAAUCCUGAGCUGCGGCCUCACUCACAUGGCCGUCACCCCUCUUGACCUUGUCAAGUGUAAUAUGCAGAUUGACCCUACAAAGUAUAAAAGUAUCUCAUCUGGCUUUGGAGUUCUUCUAAAGGAGCAGGGACUUAGAGGCUUCUUCCGUGGCUGGGUUCCCACACUCCUUGGUUAUAGUGCACAGGGUGCUUGCAAGUUCGGAUUCUAUGAGUUUUUCAAGAAGUAUUAUUCUGACCUUGCUGGACCUGAGUAUUAUGCCAAAUACAAGACCUUGAUCUACCUUGCUGGAUCUGCCUCUGCUGAGGUGAUUGCUGACGUGGCACUUUGCCCCUUUGAGGCAGUUAAGGUUCGGGUUCAGACUCAGCCUGGUUUUGCUAGGGGCAUGGCAGAUGGUUUUCCCAAGUUUGUGAAAUCUGAAGGCACUCUUGGUUUGUACAAGGGAAUUGCUCCUCUAUGGGGUCGUCAAAUACCAUAUACAAUGAUGAAGUUUGCUUCAUUUGAGACAAUUGUUGAGAUGAUAUAUAAGUAUGGUAUUCCCACUCCCAAGGACCAGUGCAGCAAAAAUCUACAGCUUGGUGUCAGUUUUGCUGGUGGUUAUGUUGCUGGUGUCUUUUGUGCCAUUGUUUCUCACCCUGCUGACAACCUUGUCUCUUUCCUCAACAAUGCCAAAGGGGCAACCGUUGGUGAUGCUGUGAAGAAGCUCGGGAUGUGGGGUCUGUUUACCCGUGGGCUUCCUCUCCGUAUUGUCAUGAUUGGAACACUAACUGGAGCUCAGUGGGGCAUAUAUGAUGCAUUCAAAGUCUUUGUUGGAUUGCCAACAACUGGUGGUGUUGCUCCUGUGGCCCCCCCAGCAAAGGCAUAGAAUGUGGGAACCUCAUAACAGUGUUGUCUUUUGUUAGUCCGGGACAAAACUUAUCAUAGAGAUCAAAUAAGUAUAGGAUUGCCAAAAAUGGCUUGACUGGUUACAAAGGCCAGUUGAAUUUAAUUCUUUCACGUUCAAUGCUCAUUAUGACUGCUGCUGGUUUUGUGGAGGAUGGUUUCCAAUACAUCCUCAAAUGGCUGGAGACAUUUUUGCGAGCUAGAUUAUAUUAUAUAUAAAUCUUCACUUGAAAGUCCAAAUUAAAUGUUGCCCCGGGAAGGAAUGGUAACAAGAAAUAACGGAGUAUUUGUAGAGGGAAUUUUUUGUUGGCAUAUAUCCUUGUACGCUGAGAUUGAGAAAUUUAUGU